GAUUACGCGCGACCUGACUGCCUACCUGACAGCUUGAUCUUUGGUGUCUGUCGUUGGAGCAUCCAUAGCUUUUGACUUUUGCAUUCAAUUCACAGCUGCCCGCCACCCACAACGACCUUGCGUUUACCUCCAUCACCCCUAAUACGAGCUUGUAGCUAUAUCAACGCAUUCAGAUCAGAUUCAAUCCACGUCAUUUCCCACCAUGUCGACUCUCGAGGAGCUCGAUGAUCUCGACCGCCGAGACAAGGAGGAGAAGAAGAGAGAUGGUGACGACAAGAAAGAGAAGAAGCCUACUGAUGGCGACGCCGACAUGCAAGAUGCAGAGGAAGAGGAGGACGACAUCCUUGACGAAGAGAUCCUGGGGCUGAGCACACAAGAUAUUCAAACCCGCAAACGAUUGCUAGAGAAUGAUUCUCGCAUCAUGAAGAGUGAGUUCUCGCGGUUAUCACACGAGAAGGCUGCCAUGGGUGAGAAGAUCAAGGAGAACCAGGACAAGAUUGCCAACAACAGACAACUCCCUUACCUGGUCGGCAACGUCGUUGAGCUGCUUGACCUGGACCCUACGGCCGAAUCAUCAGAAGAGGGUGCCAACAUUGACCUGGAUGCCACUCGAGUUGGAAAAUCAGCCGUUAUCAAGACAUCUACGCGACAAACAAUCUUCCUCCCUUUGAUUGGCCUGGUCGACGCCGAUAACUUAAAGCCUGGCGACCUUAUUGGUGUCAACAAGGAUUCGUACCUUAUUCUCGAUACGCUCCCGGCCGAGUACGACAGCCGUGUCAAGGCUAUGGAGGUGGAUGAGAAGCCCACAGAACAGUACACUGAUGUUGGUGGACUGGAUAAGCAGAUUGAAGAGUUGGUGGAAGCAAUCGUAUGGCCCAUGAAGGAGGCUGAGCGUUUCAAGAAGAUUGGCAUCAAGGCCCCAAAAGGUGCACUGAUGUACGGUCCCCCAGGUACAGGCAAGACUUUACUAGCACGAGCCUGCGCAGCACAGACGGACGCUACGUUCUUGAAGCUGGCAGGUCCUCAACUGGUUCAGAUGUUCAUUGGUGAUGGCGCCAAGCUCGUACGGGACUGCUUUGCGCUGGCUAAAGAAAAGGCUCCUGCGAUUAUUUUCAUCGACGAAUUGGAUGCGGUUGGUACCAAGCGCUUCGACAGCGAGAAGAGUGGCGACCGUGAAGUUCAGCGAACCAUGUUGGAGCUACUGAACCAGCUUGACGGUUUCGCCUCUGAUGACCGAAUCAAGGUGUUGGCUGCAACAAACCGAGUCGAUGUUCUUGAUCCUGCGCUUCUCCGAUCUGGCCGACUCGAUCGCAAGAUUGAAUUCCCCCUGCCAAAUGAGGAGGCCCGCGCUCAGAUCUUGAAGAUUCAUUCCCGCAAGAUGAAGGUUGACCCCGGUGUCAAUUGGGGUGAGUUGGCCCGAAGCACGGAUGAGUUUGGAGGUGCUAUGUUGAAGGCUGUUUGUGUGGAGGCUGGUAUGAUUGCUUUGCGAUCAGGCAAGAACAAGAUUGGCCACGAGCAUUAUGUUGAUGCCAUUGCUGAGGUGCAGGCCAAGAAGAAGGAUACUGUCAACUUCUACGCUUAAUUGUGAUGAUGUUAGAUAUUGCGGACUGGGUUACUGGUCAAACGAGCCGGGGCAUUGGGGAUUAGACGCGGCAAAGGCGAACAUAGAUCAAUGUAACACUAUCUCGACAUACCGCCGUCUCUCAUGGGGCCUUGACUUUUGAAUGGUGAAUUGACUCGACUCGGGAGUCUAAAAGUCGACAUUGACGCCUUGGAAUCGUAGAUGUCAACGUCUUUAAUGUAGAUGCCUUUACUACCUAUGGAGUUUUAGGUACUAUUUGAGCAGGUUGUUUUAUGUUGAUAUACCUAGAAUUAUAAUUAUAUGAGAUCAACAGUAGGGACAGGGUUUCAACACUCCAGACCCAGUCAUUCAACGAUUCCAAGGUAGUCAUUUCUACAACACCCAGCUCAGUCGUAGUCUCCAGGCAAA